CAGUUUAAUGUCUCAUUCCGUGUGGGAAACAUGAAAGAUCAGCUGGUUUUUUUCAGUCUCAUGCUAUCCAUACUGCUGCUGAAGGAGCUGGAGCCCAUCGAGGGUAGGGUCUUCAAAGUCACCAAAAUGGACUGCCGCACGCUGGACCCUUCGUUUGCCCACGUUAAAAACUGCAAUGUUGUGCACAGUGAGCAUGGUAGGGCGGCACUCUACAUCCAUAUAACGAUGCUCUAUAAGGGGCCCAUCGAUGAUAUCAUCUUAAAUUUGGGCAUUUAUAAAAUAUUGAAAAAUCGACGCUUCCAAUUUGUGAACGAGACCAUGGACUUUUGCUCCUUUUUGCGGCAGCCAUUGCAGUCCGGAUUCUUCGGAUUCCUAAUCAACCCGUUGCUCAAGAUAACCAAUAUCAAUACAACGUGCCCCCUACAGGUAAGGUCUUGGAUAUCUCUUGGAGGCAAUAAUUACCAAUAUACUUACAAAAAACAGCAGCAAGACUACAUUUUUAAUGGUUUCCCCAUCGAUGAGGGCACACUCAAAGAAGUUCCCUUACCAAAUGGGGUCUACAUGUUGCAGUUGCGGACAUCCAUGCUCAAGAAGUGGAGAACUGACAUAAAAGUCUAUUCGACACGGGUUGAAAAGUACUAG